CAUCAUCACCAUGCAACGUUGAUACAUCCGUGCAUGCUUCUGCUUCCAUGCCGUUGCAGCCACGAUGCCUUCAGCUUCCGAUAGCAGUAGAAUAUUUUGCGCGUACAAGUCUUUGGGCUUUGUGUGCAAUCACCUUCCUGUAGUGGUGCGGUACAUUCACAGGAGAAAAGAGCAUCUGGUGAUCACAUCGGUUGGAAGGAGCUUUCAUACGUACAGCAGUAAAAAGCUGAGCUUCCUUACAGCAAGUCCAGCGCACGAGGAUGAUAUCACAUGCUUGGCUGGAGAUUCGGCGUUCGUGUACUCGAGCUGCGGUCGUGAAAUUUUCUCCUGGCUUCGAGGCACGGAGCUGGUCAACACCUAUAAGGGCCAUGCAAAGAACGUCCUUCUAAUCUUGCCUUUUGGAAAGCAUUUGGUGUCAGUCGACGAAGGCGGCAGUGUUAUUGUGUGGGACACCAAGACCACUGACGUGUACCUGGAGUUAAGCAUUGACGCCCUUAGCUUCCAUGUGACGACUGUGUUGCAUCCUCUCACUUACAUUAACAAGGUGCUCUUCGGGAGCAAACAGGGGACCCUGCAGCUGUGGAAUGUCAAGACGGGGACGCAUCUCUACACAUUCCCCGGCUGGAACUGUGCCGUAACCGCUCUGUCCCAGUCUACGGCAGUGGACAUUGCGGCCGUGGGCCUCUCCGACGGCAGGGUGCUGUUACACAACCUCAAAUUUGACGAAACACUUUUCAAGUUCACGCAAGAGUGGGGCCCCGUCACGGCCAUCUCCUUUCGAAUGGAUGGCGUUGCACACAUGGCUGUCGGGAGUCAGUUGGGCCACAUCUCUGUGUGGGAUCUGGAGAAGAGGCAGCUCCAUUGCCAGCUGACCGGUGCCCACAAGGCAGCAGUCACAAGCCUUAACUACCUCCCGCAGGAACCUCUUUUGGUCACCUCGUCACCCGAUAACUCACUCAAGGUGUGGAUUUUUGACGAGACCGAUGGGGGCGGUCGACUGCUGAAACAGCAGUGCGGCCACAGUGCUCCGCCAUGCAAGGUUAGGUUCCGUAGCGCCACCGACUUCCUCACUGCAGGACUGGAUAGUUCCUUGCGGUCCUUCUCAACUAUUGGCGACAACUUGAACAAGAAUCUCGGGCAGGCUUCGUUCAGCAGAAAAAAGGCCAAGAAACUGGGUGUGGCCAGAGACCUCGGGAAGAUGCCGCCCAUCGUGGAUUUUGCAGUGGAGGUAACCCGUGAAAAGGAAUGGGAUAGCAUUGCCGCGUGCCACCGUAAUUUGGGCACCGUGACCACAUGGACAGGCGACCGCAUGGGCCAGCAUAAACUGCUGCACGACCGGUUCAAGGGCCAGGCCGAUGUUUUGGCAAAGUGUGUGUCUCUCAGCUGUUGCGGGAACUUUGUCACAGUUGGCUACAGCUCUGGAGAGGUGGACAGGUACAACAUCCAGUCGGGUCUGCAUCGGAUGACGUACGGCAAUCCCGCACACGAGGGCGCUGUGCGGGGCAAUGCCUCUGACUCCCUGAACCAGACGCUGGUGACCGGCGGUGGAGAUGGACGGCUCAAGUUCUGGCUUUUCAAAGAGGGCACCUCCAUCGGAGAAUUGCAGCUGAGUAGUGGGGUUGCAAAGAUGGAAUUGCACAGAGAAAGUGGUAUGCUGGCCGUAGCCACGGACGAUUUCUCGGUGCUUGUCGUCGACGUCGAACUGCAGCGGGUGGUGAGGAAGUUUGCCACGAGUCGCAUCACCGACAUGGCACUGAGCCCUGACGCUCGAUGGCUGGUGACUGCUUCGAUGGAUGCCCUGAUCCAGACCUGGGACCUGCCCUCUGGAUGCUUGGUGGACUGCUUCCAAGUUCCAUCUCCCUGCACCAGCCUGCACCUGUCCCCGUCGGGUGAAUACUUGGCAACGUGUCACAUAGAUGACCUGGGUGUUUACUUGUGGUCGAAUGCCACGCUCUACUCCAGGGUGACGUUAGCACCUCUUCCGGAAGGAUAUUCUCCGAAGAUGACAGAGUUACCUACCAACACAAUGCCAGAACAAGAAGACAUCACAGAGAAUACAGAAGAUGCAGAAGUGGAAGCUCUCUGUGGUCUGGUUACCCUUUCCCUCCUUCCACAGUCUCGAUGGCAGAACAUCUUGAACAUAGAUGUGGUGAAGCGAAGGAACAAACCCAGGGAAGCCGCUAAGAAGUUGCCAAAAUCGGCACCUUUCUUCAUCCCAACAGUGACCGGCCUCGAACCCAAGUUUGCACUGCCUGAAAACCCAGAAAGCAGGAUGGUGUCCUACAGCUUCACGGACCAAUCUCUCUUGGGGAAUCUACUCAAUUCCAAAGACUAUUAUGCAGUUCUGGAGAAACUGCGAGAGAUGGGCCCAUCCAACCUUGACUUUGAGAUUCGAUCACUUGGGGUGCACGUCAUGUUAAAUUUCAUGGAUGCGAUGCGAGAAGGGCUUCAGACGUGCAGGGACUUCGAACUACUCGAGUCGUACGUGGCCCUCUUCCUCAAGAUUCAUGCAGAUACCAUUGCCUCGGAGCCCCUACUGUGUGACAGCUUGCAUGGCCUCUGCCAAGUGCACAGCACUGUGUGGGCUCCUCUCGACUCCCUUUUCAACCAGUCACUUUGUAUUGCCAACUACUUACGGAGUGCAAUCUUGUAAACGUAGUAGAAGUGGACCAGUUCGCCGACAGACCGGGUCCGCACCUGCGGAAGGAGGACACGCGGCCCUGAAACCCUCUGCGGAUGGGCAACCCCGUACGAUACCUUGUGCAACUGGAUGAGGUGGAAGUUCUUGCCGUACAGCCGAAGGCCGCUUUCAAAGCUCCGGCACUCCUCCUCUGACCAGAGGCUCAUCUCUGCGUGUGUGUGCCAACAGUAAAUUUUGGCACACAAAUUUAAAUAUUUUUAUCCCGAAUAAUUAAAUACCGAGUGCUUUUAUUUGUGCAAAAAUUUUAACUAGGAAGCAAGGCUGUUUGUGCUCAUGAACUGGAAGUGAAAAAUGUCCUAAAAGUGCAAAGUGUAGAUUGCUGUGUCAUAAAUGCUACAGUAUCUUGCA